AUGACUUGGUUAGAAGUACUUCCAGUUUUCGGUAUUAUUACUGGUGGAUUAGUUGUAAUUGGUGUUGGUUUAGAUGCCACACACAGAUUAUUCCAUUAUGGAAAGCCACACAGAUACAAUUUAGAUAGAGUAGAUUACUCAAUUGGUGCUCGUGAUGAACAAAUUUUAAGAAAUAGGGCAAUUAAAGAAAGUCCAAGAAGAACAAGAAAUGAAAUUAAAAGAAUAAAUAACCUUGUAAAAGAAUAA